AUGUUGCGGCAACUUAGGGCUCCUCCAUUUUGUCACUUUAUACGCUGUCACCGGUUGGAUGGAGAUGGUCAGGAUAUUGGAGAGUCCCCAAGUGCUGGAAUGAGAAGUUUUAAAGUGCUGAGGACAGCGGACUGCAGUGUGGAACUACAGCUGCAGUGGUCCCCUUCAGAGAUGCAUGAAUUCAUUCCAGUGACUACAGCUUGCACAAGACAGUGGAAUGUUAUAGGAGGAAAAGGUAACAUUGAGUCCUCCCCCAUCGAACUCCCAUUAAGACCUAAAGCCUCCACGUCGGUUCAAAUCCACCCGCCUUUUCUUGAGCUACGGGGGCUGGGGAAGGCCGGCGCGGGCAGAGAGACAGCCAGCCGGCCGGACAGCCGGACAGACAGAGACAGCCAGCCGGACGGACAGCCGGACAGACAGCCGGCCGGCCGGACAGACAGCAUCCGUCCAGCAUCCGUCCGGGGGCUCGAUGGGCGGGCGGGGCGUCCGGGGCGUCCGGGCGGUCCCGCGGGGGGCCCCGAGUACCACCGGGCCCCGGAGCUGCGCGAGGCGCUGGUGUCGGUGUGGCUGCAGUGCCCGGCCGUCAGCAGGAUCUACAGCCUGGGCCGCAGCGCCCAGGGCCGGGAGCUGCUCGUCCUCGAGCUGUCCGACUCGCCCGGGGAACACGAGCCCGGGGAGCCCGAAUUUAAGUAUAUUGGGAAUAUGCACGGCAAUGAGGCUGUCGGCCGAGAACUGCUCAUCUUCCUCGCCCAGUACUUGUGCAACGAGUAUCAGAAAGGAAACGAGACCAUCGUCAACCUGAUCCACAGCACUCGCAUCCACAUCCUGCCAUCUUUGAAUCCAGAUGGGUUUGAGAAGGCAGCAUCUCAGCCUGGUGAACUCAAGGACUGGUUUGUUGGCCGAAGCAAUGCCCAGGGAAUUGACUUGAACCGAAACUUCCCUGACCUGGACAGGAUAGUGUAUGUAAAUGAGAGGCAAGGUGGCCCAAAUAAUCAUCUGCUGAAAAACCUGAAGAAAGUUGUGGACCAGAACCCCAAGCUUGCCCCUGAGACAAAGGCUGUCAUUCACUGGAUUAUGGAUAUCCCCUUCGUCCUCUCAGCCAAUCUGCACGGUGGAGACCUGGUUGCAAAUUAUCCAUACGAUGAAACUCGCAGUGGAAGUGCUCACGAAUACAGUUCCUGCCCAGAUGAUGCUAUUUUCCAAAGCUUGGCCCGGAGUUACUCGUCCUUUAACCCAGCCAUGUCGGACCCCAACCGUCCGCCGUGCCGCAAGAAUGACGACGACAGCAGUUUUGUAGAUGGGACCACCAAUGGCGGAGCCUGGUACAGUGUCCCUGGAGGCAUGCAGGACUUCAAUUAUCUCAGCAGCAACUGCUUUGAGAUCACGGUGGAACUCAGCUGUGAAAAAUUCCCACCAGAAGAAACUUUGAAGAGCUACUGGGAGGACAACAAAAACUCACUUAUAAAUUAUAUGGAACAGAUCCAUCGAGGAGUGAAAGGAUUCGUCAGAGAUCUUCAGGGCAAACCCCUCGCCAAUGCUACUAUUUCCGUGGAAGGGAUAGACCACGAUAUUACUUCUGCAAAGGAUGGUGAUUACUGGCGACUGCUUGUACCUGGGAAUUACAAACUCACAGCCUCAGCUCCAGGCUAUUUGGCAAUAACCAAAAAAGUGGCUGUCCCCUAUAGCCCUGCUGUUGAGGUCGAUUUUGAAUUGGAGUCCUUUUCUGAAAGAAAGGAAGAGGAAAAGGAAGAAUUGAUGGAAUGGUGGAAGAUGAUGUCAGAAACUUUAAAUUUUUAAAUGAAGGAUCAUUUGAUUUGCUGCUUUUAAUCUAUUAUGUGUUAUCUUGGUAUGAUGUACUGUAGGCAAGCUACUAUUUUAGACUUUGUGUAGUUGAAAAUAUUUAACUUUAAUUUUAUCUUUCCAGUAAUCAUUUGAUAAAUAACCUACAUUUCUUCCAGAAAUACCAACUCUCUUAUCAGGUUAAGUAAGAAAAAAAAGAUCUUUUGACUCAUUUCAUUCUCUCUCACAGUCAUCGUUCUGAGGUCAAAAAAAAUGCAGAAACAAACGUGAUGUCAGCAGACCAAGCUGAAAUGUAUAAUCCUAUGUUAUUUACAACCUAGACCUUAUAGAAUAAUUCUGCUUUUUUAAAGAAUCAAUUAAGUCCAGCUAAUGUAAAUAUUUGGUGGUGUUUAUGACCAGGGUUUGUUCCAUAUCAACUCAUAGAAUCAAUUCAAUUGAGAAGGUACAUAGACUCAGCAUAGUGUUUGGUAAGCAAUAUAUUGCAAGAGUUGGAAGGCCUAUCUAAAAUGUGGUUUGUCUCUCGUGCUGGCCAGCUAUAUACACAUGAGCUUGUUAAUGCAUUUCUUCUGUGGUGGGAAAGUAGAAGUUCCCUAAGCGUUUUUAUGAAAGGAACUAAAAUUGUACUAUUGAGUGAACAUUCCAGAGGUUGUGCAGUAUUGAUCGUCAGCCUGUCAAUGAUACUUCAAGGCUCUGGAUGUUUUCCCUGGCUGUUUCUUGACCUGAAAAAGCAUUCUGAGUAAAUAAAUGACAAAGGAAAUGCACAGGUUGUGUAUUUUUCUAGUCUAUUUUGGGUAUGACCAGUGUGGUUCUGGGAAUAAAGCCCAAGGCUUUAGAUGACAGUGUCAAAAUCAACUUGAGGUGGGCUCAGUCUUUUAGGAGGGGUUGGGGUCAGAUGCUAAAAGGUGGCCAAGUGGAUGGCUAUCUGAGACUUAUCUCCAGAUCUCCACCCACUAAAGUGUAGAAAUGGUUCAGGAAAUUUUCUGAGAGCACAGUUUGUUGGCAGAUUGAAAGUUCCAACUAACUCCUGCAAACUUGAUACUCCUGCUUCUGCAGCAAGAGAAAAGCCAAAGAGAUGGAGCAAUGUGAGAGAAUAACCAGAAGAGUGACCCAAUUCACUUAGAAACUCAGAUUCAAUGGGAAAUUUAGCCCAAAUUUGGGAUUGGUUCCCACCUUGAUUAAAUUUAUUUUCUGAAAUGACAAACGUUUUGAAGAGCUUCAUUUGAAAGAGCCUAAAUAUCGUUCAGAGAAAUUGGACUUGGGAUUUGAUUUUCUUCCUUUCUCCUACAAACAACAAAUCAGAAUGCAGUUCAUUUUGUGACUUUCUACUGAACAGAUCAAAUGGCAAAAUUGGCUGAAUAUUUGCUGCAGUUUGAAAAAUGAUCCGAAAUACUCCAAGCACAAUGUUUAGUUCUAUAUUCUCAUGGUGCGUUCAUGUUCUUGGUAAUGUGUUUUCAUGGAAUGACUAAAAUGUUUUGCAAUUGUUUUCCUUUUCUCCUUGUUGAUAACAAUAAGCACGUAUUUGGUUAUCACUUUGAAAUGUAUAAAAUGGAAUUUUGCAUUUUGAUCCUUAAUUUGUCAAAUAAACAAAGAUGAACCAAC